AUGUCGACCAUGGUCAGGCUGUCGUUGUAUUUAUGGUUGUCGGUUGUCUUGCGGACGAUACCGGUCGGGGAGGCUGCCCGAAUACUGGCUGUCGAAACGGUGGCGGGCAAGAGCCACUGGAACUUCAUGAGCUCAGUGCUCAGGUCACUGACGGACGCCGGCCACACGGUGACCGUUUUCACGCCGUUUCCAGACGGUGACCGGGCCAACUACACGGAGGUGGACAUAUCCCGCGACUUCCCAAUAAAGCUUGAUAUGGACUUGAUGAAGACGAUUCGUGAAUUCGGAGAUCCGUUCGUGUUAAUGAAUGCCAUGUCCAGAGUGAUACGAAUUUAUUGCGACGCAAUCUACGGCAACCAGAAACUGGCUGACCUGAUAGGUUCUGAGGCAAGAGACCGUUACGACUUGCUCUUAAUCGAGCCGCUUGGCUUUGACUGCGUUUCGUACCUGGCUGACUCUCUCGGUCUACCUGUGAUCUACUUGAUCCCCUCACCGAUGAUCACCUUCGCCGAGCGACUGUUCACCGGUCACGUGUCCAACCCGGCUUGCGUGUCCAACAUGUUUGCCAGCCACGCCGUGCCCGGCACAUUCGUCCAGAGAUUCGCAAACACGGCGCUGCUGACGUACAGCAUGGCCAAGACUAAGUACGACCAGCUGAUCACCUUGUUCACGGACCCGAGACCGUAUGACCUGGCACCAACAGUCAAUCCGUCCAUAAUCUUCCAGAACAGUCAUUACGUGACCGAGUCAUCAAGUCCGGUCACGCCGAACGUUAUCUACGUGGGUGGUAUACACCUUAAACCCGCUAAAACCAUACCAAAACACUGUUCCAAUUAUUCAAAAGGUAAGAACGAAGGAACUACUGCUUCCCAUUGCCAAGUUUGA